AUGUUUAUGAGAGGAUUGGCGACAAGUGUUUCGCGACGGCUUUCCGUGCUGGACACCCGAGAGCUGACAGUUGGUGCGACGCUCUCGCCGAACUCCCUCGGAGCACCUUCUCCUAAGCAAAAACUCACGAUUUAUUACCUUUCGACUCUGGGUUCUGUAAGCUUCUCCAGAGAAAGAACUUUCAGCGUCGAACGCAAACUUUUGAGAAUCAGAGAUUGAUUUGGGCGAAAUCAUCCCACAUUAUUUUCGAGUGUUGCAAAAGUAGUUUAAUUCUCGAGGAGUAUGAUACUUUUUGCCUAGUUUUACUGAAAUAUAAAAAUUCAAUCAAGAUUUGAAAAUAUUCAUAGCUAGUUAUUUUUUGUUUUUUCGAAAUCCGUGUGAAGCAAACAGUAAAGCUUAUAUCUACGGUGUUCAUUGUAAUGAGCUUCUCGACCAAAACCCAAAUUAUUCAAAGCUUUGUGAAUGUUUUCUUAAUUCAUCUGGGAUACGUUCAUGAGCUCCUUGAUAUCACUUGUAUUUCUUUGCAUUUAUAGAGUUUUCCCUAAUUCGCAAUAAUUUUUUUCUGCGUGACAAAAAAGAUCAAAGCUGUCAGAAAACCAUAUGCUUCAACCAUAGCUUCUGCAGACGCCGCCAAAAGCGCAAUUAAUCGAAAUUUACAAAUGGAAUCAAUUGUUACGGCGGCCGAUCCGUCUUCCCCAACUGAGUUCAUUCAUUAAGCACCCGGUUACGUCAUCAUCCAUCACAGUGGACCGGCGGAGCUUUCCGGAAACUCUGCCGGCCAGUUGCUCCGAUAUGAUCGAUGAUGACGAACUAUUGGGCCAGCUUUAUGUCACGAAAUCAUAG